GAGAGGCUCCUUUCAAGCUGCAAGUAACAGCUAUUUAUGGGCCGCCUGGAUCCCUUAGUGUCACCCAUUCCUCCCUCCUCCAGGCCCCUUGCUCCUGUCCACCAGCCACUCACCAUCGUCAUCUGCCCCUCCACCCACUCAUCUCCGUCUUGCGCUCCUGCAUCCCCAUCUCGCCUCUCCCACGCCCCGAGCAGCGGCUGGCCUGGGGCUCUCAGGGCCAGGCAGGAGCGCUCCACGCACCCCUCGCACAUGCUCCUUAGGGCCGCUGGCGGAGUUGGAGAAGCACCGCAAGGACAGGACGGGCUGGUUGCCGGCUUAGCCCCGCCCGCUUCAGCAAUGCUGCCACCGCUGCGCUCCCUCCUCCCCACCCCUCUCUCUCCGUAGCUGCCUCUCGCCUCCCAGCCCCAGCUGCGCGGCCGGGCGAUCGGCGCUGGAGACAGAAGAGGCGGCUCCGCUCUGAACGCAGCCCCAGGCAAGUAGCAGCCUGCCGGCUGUUUGGCCAACUCUGUUGGGUGUUCUCCCGCCCGGAUCUUUCCUCCCCCCGGCGGUUUUGUGUGUGUGUCGUUUUGGCUUCCCCCCGCCCCUCCUCGCUUGGUCCUUCUGGGAAGCAGCUUGAACAGUGCUGGAGAGAGAGCCAGACAGAGAGAUCUGCCUGCACUUGUGGAGAUAAUUAAAAACAAAGUGCCGCUUGACUGUAUUACGGGGCACAGCCUUGUGACAAAUAGCGAAAGUCCAACUGAUCCUGUCUCAAGUGGAGAUCGAAAGGAGACGCGCCAAGGGAGCCGGAGAGCGAGCGAGCUGCGCUGCAGCCAGCUGUUUUCUUUUCCACACUUUUCUCAGUUCUUCUGCCGCAAGCUUUGGUGCUCUGUCCGCAUGACUCGGGACACGCACGAGAGAGUAAGAAAUGAUCAACAUGCAAAGCCAACAGAAUACUGAAAAAAAACCCAAUCUUUUGGUGGAAAAAUAUUAGCUUUGUGCCCCUUUCAUUCAUGAAGGGAAGAGCAGAAUUAUCUAAACCAUUGAGGCAGAGGCUGGGUUUCACUAGUUAAAGAUGAAAUGACGAUAGUAGAAGAUAACAUGACAGCAUAUUGUGUAUUUUACAAGUAUUCAUUCAAACAAAUUUUCCACAAAUAGACAUGACCAGGAAUUAGAAAUACUAUAUUUUUCUUCAGAGAGGCCAAUGGAGAAAUUGUGUUGUUUCUCUCCACCACUCUCACUCUCUCAAGCCUAAGCCGAAGAAAAAAAUGUAAACAGAGAGAACAAAAAGUCUAGGAGAAUAAAUUCAAAUCUGAAUCUAUUGUAGUAAGGACUGAGAUUCCUAAUUCAGCAACAACAAAAUGUUGUUCUGAGUAAAUAAUAUGAUUUCAUCAUCAGUGCAAUUUUUUCCUAUACUAGGAAUGGCAUUUUGUCAGACUGUUGGGGGAAGAGAUUUUUUUUUAAUCAAAUGUGUUAAUUCACUUACUUUAAAUACAAAUUUUGAGGUCUUUUUCCAAUGCUUUUCAGCUCAAAAGAUAUUAAGUUUUCUAGUCCCUUGACUUGGAUAGUCAGCCUGCAUUUCACAUAGAAAACAAAGAGACGCUCCCUUGCCUUAGUUUUACGUGCUACGCUUUAACAUUGUAACUGUGCAAAGUAUGGACAGACAAAGACCUGUGGUUCAACUUUUCAGAAAUCCUAGAUUUUGUUUUUAGUCCUGUACCUCAGAUUGCAAAUAAGCUAACAAGUAAGUCUAUUUUUUUCUUUUCUUGUUAAGCAAAAAUGCCUUAUGUGUACACCGUUACACUAACUGGAUCAACAUUUGACAUCUGAACAACGCUGUUUGGUAAAGAUGUAUGCUUGAAGGGAAGGAACUGUCUAAUGGAUCAUGGCUCUUAUGUUUACACUCCUAGUAUUAGCAAUGUUUGCGCUCUCCACUUUUGAAGAAUCUGUAAGCAAUUAUUCUGACUGGGUGACUUUUGCAGAAAAUGUGGCUCAAUAUGAGAAACAGAAAUUACAAGAUUUCAGUGCUGAUCAGAAGCUGAAAAAAGUCGUUCUUCAUCCAAGCUUAUAUUUUGAUGCUGAAGAUGUCCAAACACUGAGGCAGAAGUCUCGUACAAGCCAUUUACAUCUCUUCAGAGCUAUCAGAGGUGCAGUGACAGUUAUGCUGUCCAACCCAUCAUACUACCUACCUCCACCCAAGCAUGCUGAUUUUGCUGCAAAGUGGAAUGAGAUUUAUGGUAACAAUCUGCCUCCCUUAGCUUUUUAUUGUUUGCUGUGCCCGGAAGAUAAAGCUGCCUUUGAUUUUGUUCUAGAGUACAUGGACAGAAUGAGUGGCUACAAAGACUGGCUGGUUGAGAAUGCUCCAGGAGAUGAAGUGCCACUUGGCCACUCCUUAACAGGUUUUGCCACUGCUUUUGACUUCUUAUAUAGUUCACUGGAUAAUAUCAGAAGACAAAAAUAUCUAAAGAAGAUAUGGGCUGUGAGUGAGGAAAUGUAUGAAUAUUCAAAAGUCCGCUCAUGGGGAAAGCAACUUCUCCAUAACCACCAAGCCACCAAUAUGCUAGCACUGCUCACGGGGGCCCUGGUUACUGGUGUGGACAAAGAAUCUCAGACAAAUGUCUGGAAGCAUGCUGUCGUCGAUAUGAUGGAAAAAACCAUGUUUCUCCUCAACCACAUUGUAGAUGGCUCUUUGGAUGAAGGAGUCGCAUAUGGCAGUUACACAGCUAAGUCAGUAACCCAAUAUGUUUUUCUGGCCCAGCGCCAUUUUGGUAUUAAUAACCUAGAAAACAAUUGGUUGAAAAUGCACUUUUGGUUUUAUUAUGCCACACUUUUACCCGGCUAUCAGAGGACUGUGGGCAUAGCAGAUUCUAAUUAUAACUGGUUUUAUGGCCCUGAAAGCCAGCUGGUUUUCCUGGAUAAGUUUGUCCUGAAGAAUGGAGCUGGCAACUGGUUGGCACAACAGAUUAGAAAGCACAGGCCCAAAGAUGGCCCAAUGGUACCAUCCACUGCACAAAGGUGGAGCACGCUUCACACGGAGUACAUAUGGUAUGCUGCAGAACUAACUCCUCAGCCUCCCCUGGACUAUGGCACUGCUCAGAUGCAUGUGUUUCCUAACUGGGGGGUUGUUACUUAUGGGGCUGGGUUGCCGAAUACUCAGACCAAUACCUUUCUGUCUUUUAAAUCUGGAAAGCUUGGCGGGCGUGCAGUCUAUGACAUUGUUCACUUUCAGCCAUAUUCCUGGAUUGAUGGGUGGAGGAGUUUCAAUCCAGGGCAUGAACAUCCAGAUCAGAACUCCUUUACUUUUGCUCCCAAUGGACAGGUGUUUGUAUCUGAGGCCCUAUAUGGACCCAAGUUCAGCCACUUGAAUAACGUACUGGUGUUUGCUCCAUCUCCUACAAGUCAGUGUAAUCAGCCUUGGGAGGGACAGCUUGGGGAGUGCGCACAGUGGCUUAAGUGGACUGGUGAUGAGGUUGGAGACUCAGCUGGGGAGAUAAUAACAGCAUCUCAAUAUGGGGAGAUGAUGUUUGUAAGCGGUGAGGCAGCUUCUGCCUAUUCUUCUGCAAUGAAAUUAAAAAGUGUGUAUCGUACUUUGCUACUCCUAAAUGCUCAGACACUGCUAGUAGUAGACCAUAUUGAGAAGGAGAAAGACUCUCCCCUCAGCUCUGUCAGUGCCUUCUUUCAUAACCUUGACAUUGAUUUUAAAUAUAUACCCUAUAUGUUUAUGAACAAAUAUAACGGAGCCAUGAUGGAUGUGUGGGAUGCUCACUAUAAGAUGUUUUGGUUUGAUCAUCACGGGAGUAGUCCUGUUGCCAGGAUACAAGAGGCAGAGCAAGCAGCAGAGUUCAAAAAGCGGUGGACUCAGUUCAUAAACGUUACCUUUCCUAUGAAAACCACUGUAACAAGAAUUGCGUAUGUGUUCCAUGGACCAUAUGUUAAUGUUUCUAACUGCAGGUUCAUAGAUGAUUCCAAAUACGGAUUUCAGAUUUUUCUAAAUGUCAACAACACUGAAAAUAUUGUGUCUGUUGUGACUGAAUAUCACAGUCUGAGGACAAGGUUCAAUUAUUUGGGAUUUGGUGGCUUUGCAAAGGUAGCUGACCAAAACAAAGUUAUCAAAUUUGGUCUAGGCACUGAAACUGUACAAAGACAGACAACAAAUAAUAGUAUCGUUUUCCCAUUUGGAUUUAAAGUGAAUAUAAUAGUAGGAUUAGUUUUGAGCAUUAGUUUGGUAAUACUGGCUUUUCAGUGGCGGUUUUACAUUUCCUUCAGCAAAUUGUUGCGCUGGAUACUAAUAUUGGUUAUCACACUGUGGUUUAUUGAAUUGAUGGAUGUUUGGAGCACUUGCACUCAGCCUAUCUGUGCAAAAUGGAACAGUGACAUCAUAAACGUAGACCCUGAUGCAGGCAAUAAAGCUAAACAGUCAGAAGGAAACCCUGUUGUUUUGCCAGAUGUUGUGAUUACCUCACUUCCCAGUUCUGGAGCAGAAAUUUUAAAGCAGCUUUUUUUUAACAGCAGUGAUUUCAUAUACAUCAGGAUCCCUACAACUUACCUUGAUAUCCCUGAAACUGAAUUUGAAAUAGACUCAUUUGUAGAUGCGUGUGAAUGGAAGGCGUCUGAUGUCCAGAGUGGCCAUUUCCAUGUACUUCGAGGCUGGCUCCAGUCUCUAGUCCAAGACACAAAACUUCAUUUACAAAAUAUUCAUUUACAUGAAGGCAGCAGAAGCAAAGUUGCUCAGCAUUCGAUUGUAAAUAAGGACAAAAAAAGAAGAGCCAGAAAGAGAGAAUCUUUGUCCGAACAAAGAAGCAGAGCAAGAGGAAAAUUAGACAAAGAUGCUGAAUAUGUUAGGGAACUGAGGAGACACCUUGCCUAUUAUCCAAAUGCACGUCCUGUGCUUAGUUUAAGUAGUGGGAGCUGGACAUUAAAGCUUCCCUUUUUUCAAGAAAUCAUAGGGCCUUCAAUGAGGGCAUUGUAUGUAGUAAGGGACCCUAGGGCAUGGAUCUACUCAAUGUUGCAUAAGAGUAAGCCAAGCCUUUAUUCCUUGAAAAACGUUCCACAGCACUUAGCAAUGAUGUUUAAAGUGGAAGACGGGAAAGAAAAAUGCAGUUUAAAUUCAGGCUAUGCCUUUGAAUAUGAAGCACUAAGAGAAGAGCUCAUGGAUUCCAGGUCAAAUGCAGUUUCUGUGCUGUCCCAUUUGUGGCUAGCAAACACAGCAGCAGCACUGCGAGUAAAUGGGUAUCUACUGCAGACAAAUUAUCAGCUGGUCAAGUUUGAAGAUAUCGUGAGCUCUCCCCAGAAGACAGCGGAAAGAAUUUAUGCUUUUCUUGGUAUUCCUCUGUCUCCUGCUAGCUUAAACCAAAUAUUGUUUGCCACCUCCACCAAUCUUUUCUAUCUUCCUUAUGAGGGUGAAAUAUCACCCAUUAGUAUUCAAGCCUGGGAACAAGACAUGCCUGUUGAAGAUAUUAGACUGAUUGAGGACAUCUGCUGUACUGUGAUGGGCCACUUAGGAUACCCAAAGUUUACAGUUUAAAUGCUGCAGGUCAGCAAUAGUUUGCACUAUGAUCCCUAACUCCUCUGUGAAUAAGAAUUCAAGAAGUUUGUUUAUUCUUGUAAAAUGUAUGUAUAGUCUUACAUGCAGAGAGAGAUUUAUUUAAAAAUAGGUAUUUGUUCUAUCAGGAUUUUUAAAGACAAAAACUACUUUUGCUGCCUUUCAAAUACAGCUGUGUGAACCUUUACAAGUCUACCAGCUGGGGACUGGAUAGAUCGAGGGAUUCGUAUAAACUAUGGAGUCUCGCACUUCGAGUUUAACAGUUUGAGUUCCAACCAGGUACCCAGAGUUGUUACCAUCUGAUAGCUGUUUGCUGGCCUAUAUA